AACAGUCAAAGACAGACGCGCGCUCUCGCUCUCGUGAAAUCCAUCUCGAAGUGUCGGGGCAAAGGUGCGGGAAAAUUUAUCCGUUGUUGUCGUGAAGCGGCUUUGAUUGCCAACUGCCGAGAUGCUAACGCUGUCAACGGCCCGUUUUACGUUCUAAAAUGCCUGUCAGGACCCGGGUUGUGAAAGUUCGUUUGAUUUUACUCCUCUGAAGUGAAAGUUCAACAGAAAAAGGUUGGUUUAUGUCUCCCUCUAAACUUCGUGAUAUGGGUCCUUGAGAGCCCUGAUAAGCUCCUUUUCGAAGUCUGGAAGUCCAAUAAGUAGUUUUUGCUGUUGUUGUGCUUUAUGCUCAAGUAGUAUAAAGUAGCAAAGUGGUGAUCAUUAUCUGAUGGUGUGAAAUCAAGAAUGAAGACGCAUCUCAGUGUUCUUCUCCUCUGUUAUAUAAAUACCCUCCACUAACGAACUGCGUACGAAGACUGUGAUAGUGAUUAUGACAGAGAAGAAUAAAAAUAAAUACAAAAGAAUCCAUAAUUAAUAGAUUAAAAGGCUUCGGAAACUCACGAUGCGAGAAAACAUUCGGGAGACAGAGUGGAACAUCUACCAGCGCGGAACAUUUGACCAGAACGCGAGAGAAAUUGUUAAUACUCGCGCCCAAGCGGAAUGAUCACGAUUCCUUGUGACUCUCCUCCAAAGAUGACGAGUAACGUGUCAAUCAUCUAAGCGAGAGGGACUUGCAAUAAUGCAAACUGGGAGCUCAAUGUUGCAACGCCUGGGUUGGUCCCUGUUUUGGACUAAAGUCUUCGUCGGCUUGCUUUUACUAGUCAGCAUCGCGGCCGCUGCCGACCUCGCAUCUGGGAAUUCGAUCUCGUCUGACCCAGCCCUGGGCCUCCCGCCGGAGGAGGAGGAGGGGGAAGGCGAGGAGGACGUCGGUGAUCUCGACGCCGUGGGAGUUGGGGAGGAGAACGCCGGAGUGGACCCUGCAUCCUGGAGUGACUACCUCAACUCCCUUUUCGACCCAGUGUUCGAUCCUACGGUCCCCAUCAACGUAUCUGCCGUCGAGGGUCAGACCGCCCAUCUCGUCUGCCGGGUCAACAACCUCGGCACCAAGACGGUGUCCUGGAUCCGCCAUCUCGACACCCACAUCCUGACGGUGGGGUCCUUCACUUACACGAGCGACCAUAGGUUCUCCGCCCUCCACCGGGAGGGCACAAACGAGUGGACCCUUCAGAUUCGACAGCCCACCGUCAGGGACUCGGGCCUGUAUGAGUGCCAAGUGUCGACCAAGCCCAUCAGAGGCUAUCUUAUCACACUUAAUGUUGUCGUGCCAACAGCACGGAUCCUACACGCCCCCGAACUUCAUACUGACGAAGGCGGCGCCCUUAAUCUCACAUGCGUCGUUAGCCCAAGCCCAGCGCCUCCAGAGUACAUAUUCUGGUACCACGGAGGCGAGGUCAUCAACUACGAGACCGACGGCAGCGUUGAGGUCGACGUGAGACAAGGAGACGGAAUCACGGUCUCGACUCUUCUGGUGGCCAAGGCGACCUUAGACCAUUCGGGCAAAUAUCAGUGCGCCCCUUCGAACACAGACAGGGCGUCCAUCACGGUGCACGUCUUCAAGGCCGAAGAACCAGCAGCCAUGCAUACGAGCGGCGCCAACAGUAGCACUCUGCUUUUUCACCAGCCAUCUACGUGGGCGCCCUUGUCUCUGGUUCUGCUCCUCCUCGCGCGGUACUUCCUGACGUCUCGAGCCUUCGUCACAUAGGGAACAGAAGCCUGCUUGUCACCUCGCACUAGCUAGCUAGAGCCGCGUUAUCGACAGACAAGUCACAGGAAGAGUAACGGAGGUCUGCAGUGUACUUUCUCUCACUGAAGAACCCAGUGCGAGCCCUUGCGGGACGCCACCGUCUACUACCAAGGUCUCCAGGAUGAUUAUGGAACGUCGCGUGUGCUUUCCAAAUGAUGACUUGUGCGUGCUCGCUCGUCUGCGCGCGCGUGUGUGUGUAUGUGUGUGCGUGCGUGCGUGUGUAGCAGUAUAUGUUAUCUAUACCGUGUUCAUACUCAAAAGGAGGACUCUGCAGCAAUUGUUUUUCAAAUUCAGUUUGAUUUUUCCAUAAAAUCUAAAAUUUCGUCUUGCGGAAAAUCCUGUUGACGAGGUUCUCCAUAAGUUGGCUGGUGUCUAGGAGUGGCUAUUUAAAAACGUCAAGAGUAUAAAAACGUCAAGAGUAUAGAACUCCUGGACGCGCUCAAGUAGAAAGAUAAACCACUGCGUUCCUUUUCAUUCAUUCCAGUUUUCCAGCAACUUUCCAGUUGGCUGAGCGGCUUUCGUUUUUCCAGAUGUUCCUACAGAAAGGAGUAAUAUCCAGUAUCCAGUAAAUCAAACAGAUGUCACUAUAGUAACUCACUAUAGACAACGGGUUUUGGAAUGCUUACAUAGUUCCUUCGGAGGGUGCCAGCAAUGUAUGAUUAUCAAACCCCUGAUUUUUCAUGAUUUCAUUUAUUUUUUUCAUCCCAUUGGGGUCAGCUUCAAAGCUGGUUUGUUUGUGAAAUUUAUAGGGGUCAAAAUCAUUUUUAUCAACGUGAGAAUUGACAUAAAUUACAGUUAAUAUUAUGGUACCAUAAUUCCUUCCCCGAUAUUUUCUGAAUUUCAUCUAUUUUUCCACCCAGUUGGACUGUUUCAACCCGAUUUCUUUGUGAAAUUCAUUAGCGUCAAAGAACUUUUUUUUUCCUACGUGGUUCUCCUGGAUUUUUCAUUUUUGUCCAUGACAAACCGCAUUAGUUGUUUUAUUGUCGAUUUUUUUUGUCACUUAACCAAAGUCUAAAAUCCUUAGCCCUCCAAAAAAUAAUAAUAAAUGAUAAAAAGGAAAGUUUCUAUAUAUUGUAAAAAUAAAGGAAAGAUAGAACCUUGGUCCCCAAGACAUGGAUCUUCUUUUUAUUUAUUUUUUCUUUGAAGGUGAGAACCGUUCAUUCAAUACAGCUACAGUGUUUGUUGGAUGUGUAUAAAUAUAUAAAUAUUCCGUAUAUACAAUCUAGCUGUCUACGAGACGUGUGGGAUGUAAUUAGCUUUUAUAUGUCAUUUGAAAAAGAAACGAGUAUAUAUAUAAAAAUUAUAUCAACGGCUUGUGUGAUUUUUUUUCUAACCCCAAUUCCAAUUCCCCCCACUUUCAUCCUUCCCCUUCGAAUUCGUCACGAAAGAUUUAAACAAAUUAAAUAUUAAUGUUUCUUAUAUUACCUUUCUAAAUUCAUUUCCUGUCGUCUAAAUAUCUGGUAAUCAUGUUCCCUCGCUUUAUCCUGUAGCAUUCAUUUCCAUUCAUUUUCUUACCCCUUAACUGCAUUAAUUUUCGUGGAAACUGAAUAUUAAUGUUCUUUAUAUUCCUCUCUCUCUCUCUCUCUCUCUCUCUCUCUCUCUCUCUCUCUCUCUCUCUCUCUCUCGUCAAAA